AUGACCCUCUGGCUCCCUGUCCUCCUGUCUAGGCCGCCUCCUGGACACCUCUACGCGCUCCAUCUCCUGCUGUUUCGCCCUCUGCCUCCUUCUUUUGCGCCUCCUUCUGCAAGCGUGCCAUCUCCUGCUGUUUCUCCCUCUCCUGCCUCUCGGCCUCCUCUGCAUCUUUCUACUGCGCCUCCUCCUUCUGCAGGCGCGCCAUCUCCUGCUGUUUCUCCCUCUACACCUGCUCUGCUUCCUAUGCCUCCUUCCUCUGCGCCUCCUCAUUUUGCUGGUGCUCCUUCUCCUGUUGUUUCUCCCUUUCCUCCCGAUCGUCCUCCUCAGCCUCCUUCCUCUGCGCAUCCUCCUUCUGUCGCCGAUCUCCCUCCGUUGCCUUCCUACCCUGCUCCUCCUUUUGCCGCCGCUCUGCGUCCAAUCUCGGAACUACUGACAGCUGCCUUUCUACCUCACUUAGCAUCCCCUCCUUCCACCCCUUCAUCCCCGUCUUCAUCUCCUUCACAGCCUCCAUCACUUCCUUCAUUCCCGCCUCCACCUCCUUCUGCCGUCGCUCUUCCUCCUGAUGUUUCUUCUUCCUCCGCCGCUCUGUGGCCUCUACAUCCUUCCUCUUCUCCUCCUCCUCCUUCCGCCAUUGCUCGUCCAGUUGUUUCUUUUUCUGUCUCUCCUCGUCAUCCCACUUGUUUCCUCUUCGCGUCCUGCUGUUGUCGCCGCUCCGCGUCCUCUUGCCUCGCCUUCUUCUGCCGCUCGGAUUCUUCUCGCAAAACCGCGCUCAACCUCCCCACAAUCUGGUUUACCAUCCCAUCCUUCAUCUCCAUUUCUGCCUUCAUCUCCCUCAUCAUCGCCUCCUUCAUCUCCUUCAUUCCCUCUCUCAUCUCCCUCUGCCGACGCUCUUCCUCCUGCUGUUGUUCCUUCUUCCGUCUCUCUGCGGCGUCUGCUUCCUUCCUCGUGGCCUUCUGCCUCCGCUCCUCGUCCUGCAGUCUAUCCCUGUUCCGCCGCUCAGAGUCUUCUCUCAGAACCUCUCUCAACCUCUCUUCCACCCCCUUUAACGUGCCCUCCGUUAUCCCCCCUCCCGACUGGCAAACCUGA